AUGAGCACGAGGCGUACGAUGAUACCAGCGUCAGCGCCAACCUCUCCUACAGUCACUCGCUCAAAGGCAGACCGCCGCCACCCUCCGGUCACCCCUCAACGCGUCGCCCAUUCCGCUCAUGCGCGCCAAUCCAGUUCCCCAUACACGCCCAUGACCAAUCUCUCCACCCCUUACACUCCCUUUAGCCUUACAUCACUGUCAUCCUCCUCUAACGAGUCGAACCUGCCAACCCCCGCGUCCGAGACUAAUCGCAGGCGUCAUAGCCUGUCACUGUCUCCAGAAGUACUUGUGCAUUCUAGAAGUCUUGCGGACAUAGCAGAAAAUUGGAGGGCCCGCGCGAACGAAAAUGGAAUUAAAGUUGCUCCGAGCGAUGAUUCGCAGUAUCAGGCUGACGAGUCCAGCCUUGAAAUCAGCAUCCCUGUCAUUGAUAAAGCAUUACUUCCUGCCCCUUCUCUAUUUUCCCAACGGCGUGCGCGCGCAUUCUCGCACGCUACGGCUCCGCUGUCCCAGAUUCCCGACCCGACGCAGGCCUACACUCCGAUUCGCGCUUCCCGUCUUCCCGGAAUCCUGAACACACCCCCUCCUCAGCCCUCUUACAGGCUACGAGGGAGCGUAACCGAUCCUGCUCAACCUCGCCGCCGUCCUACAUUCGAACAGUCGGAACUUUUUGAUAUAGAUGAAGAUGAAUUCGCUCCCUAUCCCCCCGCGUUUGCUUCCACGUUGUCCUCGCAAUCACUUCCCCUUACUCUUCACGAAUCGUUCAAUUUACAAGCCCAACUCUCCGCGAUCUCGGAACCCCUGCACUUUUAUCAAGAACAGGUCUAUGUACCGCAGCCUCAGGAGGAAACGAAGGAGUCCGGGUUCGCUUGUUCCGUGUGUGGUUCCACCGGUGGUGCGCUCGCCAUCCUCGAACCAUGCUCUCACCCGUUAUGCUCUGCUUGUCUUACGAGCGCGCUUAAUAUCGUGGGCGAAAAGGACAUGGAGUGCGCCGUCUGCAAAGCAAAGGUAGACAACUUCCAGCUACACAAGUCGCCUCCUGAUACGGGCGGUAUCGACCACAAUGGCGGCCCUCAUCGCAGCGGCUCGAACGUUCAUGAUAACCGCGCAUAUAACGGCCCGGACGUUUUCCGAAGUGAUAUGAACCUACUUCCGAGCGCCUUCGACAACGCCAAUGUUGGCGCCUUCGCAAUAUACGACGAAUUCAUGGAUCGUGCUCAAGGCGCUUCUACUCCGAUUGCAGGUGCUCGUCCCGCACAUCGCUCCAAUACGAAGCAAGAGGAGCGUUUUGUCUUGCGCAUUGAUAAUGUGCCUUGGGACAUUACCCCUCCUGCCAUUGCCACCUGGCUGAAACAUCCCAUUGAGCGCGUGCACGUCCUUCUCGAUCGGAAGGGCAAGACGCUGAGUCACGCAUACGCCGAGAUGGCCAGCCCCGAUGCUGCGAAGGCGGCACUCCGCAGUGCGCAGAAUUCUGUGCUUGGUCGUGGAAAGCGAGCCAGGGGCGUCACAGUCACCAAAAGUAGUCAGGAGGAGCUCAUGAGAGCGCUCUUCCCGUCGUGGCAAGGAAACUUUGACGGUUCCCGCCCUUCCUUGUCGGGUCUAGACAAUGAGCGCGUUAUCUCCACUCUCCAGCGUGGCUUGUUAUCGGAGGCCGACUUGAAUUCGCUCCUGCAUCUCAUUCGUUCACCUGAUAGCCACUUUCUCAAAGUUCCAUCUCUUCCUUUCCACUCCCUUAUCAGCAUUCUGUCGAAGUUCCCAGCCGAUGAUGAUAGUAGAGUAUUCUGGUCUGGCACGUUGAGGGAUGCCAUGUAUGCCGCUGUGCAAGUAUUGCUGGUCCGAGUCGAAGAGAAUCCCCUGUCCGAUUGGACCACCUUAAUGACAGAAAUUGUUCGUGCCGCUAUGGAUUGUCAAGCCUUCACGUCUGAGCAAAUGAACAAGUUAACGGAUAUCCUUGAAGCAUCCAUGCCAAGAUCGACUUCCUCUCCUGUGGGAUCUCGUAGCGAGGAUUAUACCCCGACCCCGCCCAACCGUGAUACCCGAGAGUUUCGCGCUGACAGCAGUGGCGAUGCAAGCGCUAGCCCGGAGCAAGGAACAUACGGGGACUUGGCAAAAGAAUUUGGAGUAGAACCUGACCUGAUCGAAGCCCUGGUCCAACGGCUCUCCGCCCUAGGUUAG